CUCCUACUCCUAUCUACGCGUUUAACCCCAAAACCCUACUACUGCUUCUCUCUCUUUCUCUCUCUCUCUCUAGUUAAUCGGAACAAUGGCAGAGCAACUAACGGAGGAACAAAUUGCUGAGUUCAAGGAAGCUUUCAGCCUCUUCGACAAAGAUGGAGAUGGUUGUAUUACGACUAAAGAGUUGGGAACAGUUAUGAGGUCAUUGGGACAGAAUCCUACUGAAGCUGAACUGCAGGAUAUGAUCAAUGAAGUCGAUGCUGAUCAGAAUGGAACCAUUGAUUUCCCUGAGUUUCUCAAUCUCAUGGCCAGGAAAAUGAAGGACACUGAUUCUGAGGAGGAACUGAAAGAAGCUUUCAAGGUGUUUGACAAGGAUCAGAAUGGAUAUAUUUCUGCUGCUGAACUUCGGCAUGUGAUGACAAACCUGGGGGAGAAGCUGACGGAUGAAGAAGUGGAUGAGAUGAUAAGAGAAGCUGACAUGGACGGUGAUGGUCAAGUUAACUAUGAGGAGUUUGUGAGGAUGAUGCUUGCUAAGUAGUAAUAAUAAUAAUAAUAAUACUCUCAUUUGAAUACUUAUUCUAUUUGUUAAUUAGAUUUAGACACAGACUCACUCUCACUCACUCAUUAAGACUUACUUAUUAAUUGAACAAUGGUUCAUUUUUAA